AUGCUCAAAAGCUUAAAUAGUUGGGUAUUAUUUCGAUGUCCAUCUCGAUCAACAUUCAAUGAACAAAUGCAGCAAUGUGUAAAUAAAUGGGCUGUAUCCGAUAUAUUUCCACUUGAUACUGAUCCACAAUUUCGACGGGUAGCUAAUUUUAUCAUGGCCACACCUGCUCCAAAUUCAUAUAAUGAAGAAAUGCAUCCACGCCAAUUUUCAUUACCAUCAUCCGUCACUAAGCUAAUGGAAUCUAUUUCAAUUCAAAAGAGAGAACAAAGUUAUGAUAAUCAAAAAAGUAGUCUAAAAAUAGAUUCAUCGAAUAGAAUUGAUGAGAUCAGUUCUAAAAAGGAGGGGUCAGGUGUUCUUUGGUCAAAUAGUUAUCCAAUAAUGAGAUUGUCUGAUACACCGGUUCUUGAACGAAAAAAAUAUACCGACGGAAAAUCAAAUGGAAGAAAUACGUUCAAAUCAUUACCAGUCAAUGAAAAUGAACUAAAAUACAAGAAAGUGUGCUAUUAUACAAAUUGGAGUCAAUAUCGACCAGGUUUAGGAAAGUUUUCACCAGAAAAUAUCGAUCCAUUCUUGUGUACCCAUAUUGUAUAUGCAUUUGCCUAUAUUAACAACAAAACAUUGUUGUUAACCAAAGUUGAAGAGAACGAUGAAGACCUUUAUCGUCGCGUAAACAAACUUAAAACUCGAAAUCCAAAUUUGAAAACAUUAUUAGGUGUAGGAGGAUGGAAUAUGAAAUCGGAUGCAUUUUCAGCUGUCGUAAGAAUACGAUAUAUUUCUAUUUUGAGUUAUAUUCGAAAACAUGAUUUUGAUGGUCUCGAAACUGAUUGGGAAUUUCCCGGUAUUCGUGGUGGAAAUUCAGAUGAUAAAUAUUAUUUCACAGCAUUUCUUCGUGUAAGUAAAUAUUCGAAAGAAGCUAUUUUUCUUAUCUUAAAUGAUAACAAUGUAUUUAAGGAAUUUAAAGAAGCAGCAUUAGCACAAUCACUCGUAACUGGAAAAUCUCGUCUUCUACUUGCAGCAGCCGUUGCUGCUGGACGAGAAAUCGUUGCAAAUGCGUAUGAAAUAGAAAAAAUCUCAAAGUAA